AUGUUGGAAUGUAUACCUCGAGAGAAGAUUUGGAACCCUCUCAUUACCACAGGACAUUGUAUCGACCUCAAACCCACAAUUAUUGCGACAGGCAUCUUCAACAUUGUAUCCGACUUCAUGAUCUUAGCGCUUCCUAUGGUUCCCAUCUAUAAGCUUCAGCGACCAUUCAAAAAGAAGUUGAGACCUAUUGCCGUAUUCGCUGCAGGUAUUUGUGCCUGCAUCGUGUCAAUUGUGCGAACAUAUUACAGUUUCGUGGUGCUUGAAUCACUCGAUAAUACAUACGUUAUGAUGCUGAAUGGCUUUUGGGCAUGGGCUGAGAUGACUAUCGGUAUUUUAAUUGCAUGCCUUCCAAUUAUGCCACGCUUUUUCGAUGAGAUCAGUAGUCAAUGUUCCAAAACAAUCGACGCUUCUUUCAGCAGCAUAAGAUCUAAAGUUCUCUACCGAUGGAGCGGCAGCAAGAUGGAUGUCUCUAACCGCCGUCCUCCGCUUGAAGGUCAUGAAGAGCUUGUAGCUGAAAAAGGAUCCCAGGCUUCGCAAUCAAGUCAUGAUACCACACCUGAUCUUGCCUACACACCUCGGCUGUUAACACCUCCAAUCCCGAAGAUCAGCACCGGGCAUUCAAUCGCAUUCAACGGAAGACAAAAGGGACAACGGACGUGGGACGAUGAUAGAGAUGUUACAUGUUAUGGGCUUCGGGGUCAGUGGUCGGAAGUCUGA